AUGUCGGGUUCAAACACCGCAUCCCCCAAUCGAACGGUGCUGCGGGCGCCUUCGAUUCGAAUCGCCAAUCCUCAGCCGCCCAAUGUGCGCCUCGCCCAAAAUUCAAACACGCCCAGCCUAUCCCGACGUGGCAGUGCCCAUGAAUACGCCCCAACACUCAGGGGCAGUAUCGUCAUUUGUCUCCCGCAGCCAGAAAGGGCCGAGGACGCGCAGCGCGUGCGCAGCACCCAACCCCUGCCUAUUUUGCUCUGUUCUGGACGCUACGCUCUCCUCUCCCCUCCCCUUCGUCUUCCGCCAUUCCCGCUAUCGCGGAGCGCAGGCUGGUGGAUGGCGAAGGUGGAUUCGGUGGCGCCGGUCCCGAGCCCGACGUUCAUGGACGCCACUCCCCUGAACCCGCCGCCGCCGCUGGUGGUGGAGGAGCUCGUGCUGCGCCGCAGUGCUCGUUGCCUCAAUAGGCCAACCCGGCCCAGCUACGCGGACCAGGAGCCUCCUAAAAAGCCCGGCGGCCGGGGCCGGGGCAAGCGGAAGAGGGAUGAGGAGAAGCCAGAGCUGGUGGCGGCGCAGCAGGGUGCCAAGAGCCCUGGCAGGAAGGUCUCCAAGGUCGAGGCGGGUGAGAGGAAGCCGAUGCCCGUGAUUGCGGCGGUGCCGGUCUCUUGCGCUGGCGUUGCUGCGGAAGACGAUGCGACGGGGACAGGGAAGAGCGCCAAGCUGAGGGUGAAGGAGACAUUGAGGGCGUUCAACAGCCACUACCUCCACUUUGUGCAGGAGGAGCAGAAAAGAGCUCAGGCUGCGCUACAGGAGAUUGAGGCUAAGAGUGGCCUCAAACGUCAGACCAAAGGGGUAAAAAAGAAGAGCAGUAAGCAAGAGGCUGAAGCUGAGGAGAAAGAGAAACGCCCAUCAAAGCGGCCUGACCUGAAGGCAAUCACCAAGAUGCAAGAAAUGAAUGCCGUGCUUUAUCCAGAGAAGAGGAUUGGGCAUCUACCAGGGAUCGAUGUCGGAGAUCAGUUUUAUUCUCGUGCUGAAAUGGUAGUGUUGGGCAUCCACAGCCAUUGGCUCAAUGGCAUUGACUACAUGGGGAUGAAAUACCAAGCAAAGAAGGAGUAUGAGAAGUUAACUUUUCCACUAGCCACCUGUAUUGUAAUGUCGGGGAUAUAUGAAGAUGAUCUAGACAAAGCCGAUGAAAUUAUUUAUACGGGUCAAGGAGGAAACGAUUUACUUGGUAACCAUCGCCAAAUUGGCUCUCAGCAGUUGAAACGUGGGAAUUUAGCAUUGAAGAAUAGCAGGGACAAUGGUAAUCCUAUCCGAGUUAUUCGAGGUCAUUUGUCAAAAAAUAGCUAUACGGGAAAGAUCUACACCUACGAUGGACUUUACAAGGUUGUAGAUGACUGGGUACAGAACGGAGUGCAAGGCCAUGUGGUUUUCAAAUUUAAAUUGAAGCGGCUUGAGGGUCAGCCAUCAUUGACGACUUCUGAGGUGCGAUUUACUCGUGCAGAAGCUCCCACAACUAUUUCUGAAUUGCCUGGACUGGUUUGUGACGACAUCUCUGGAGGGCAAGAAAAUAUUCCAAUUCCUGCUACUAACUUGGUUGAUGAUCCACCUGUUCCUCCAUCUGGUUUCACAUACUUGAAGUCUCUAAAAAUUCCAAAGGACAUCAAGAUUCCAUCUAGUAUUAUUGGCUGUGAUUGUGAAGGAGAUUGUGCUACCAACAAAAAUUGUUCAUGUGCUCAGCGCAAUGGUUCUGAUCUGCCUUAUGUAUCAUAUAAGAACAUUGGCAGGUUGGUGGAGCCCAAAGCAGUUGUAUUUGAAUGUGGGGCUAACUGCAGUUGCAACCAUGAUUGUGUAAACAGAACAUCUCAACAGGGUUUGCAGUAUCGCUUAGAGGUAUUUAAGACAGCUUCAAAAGGUUGGGGAGUCAGGACUUGGGACACUAUCCUCCCUGGGGCUCCCAUCUGUGAGUACACGGGGGUGUUGAGGAGGACCGAAGAUUUGGAUGGUUCACAAAACAACUAUUGUUUUGACAUCGACUGUCUUCAAACCAUGAAGGGUUUGGAUGGAAGGGAGAAAAGAGCUGGAUCUGAAAUGCACCUGCCUAAUCUUCAUCCUGAGAAUGAUUCAGAUGCACCUCCUGCACCUGAGUACUGCAUAGACGCUAGUUCUAUUGGCAAUUUUGCCAGAUUUAUAAAUCACAGCUGCCAACCUAACCUUUUCGUCCAGUGCGUUUUGAGCUCACACAAUGAUGUUAAACUGGCAAAAGUGACGCUUUUUGCUGCUGACACUAUACUUCCUCUUCAGGAGCUAUCCUAUGACUAUGGUUAUCGCUUGGACAGUGUUGUUGGGCCUGAUGGAAAAAUUGUGAAGCUGCCUUGCCACUGUGGUGCUCCUGAUUGCGGAAGCGCCUCUACUAGACCUGCAAGGCCUCAUAGUCAUAGCGCGGCGCACGAUGUCUGCCAACGAGAACUCACCGCCGGUGGAGGCCGCUGCCGCUGCAGCUGCAGCCGCCGCCGCCGCGUCCACGCCACGGUCGCGGCUGCCGCGGUGGACGCGGCACGAGACGCUAGUCCUGAUCCAGGCGAGGCGCGCCAUGGAGCGGCGCGGCCUGCAGCUGCCGGCGGUGCGGCCGCGGCCCAAGUGGGCGGCGGUGUCGGCCUACUGCUGGCGCCACGGCGUGGAGCGCGGGCCCAUGCAGUGCCGGAAGCGGUGGGGCAACCUGUCCUGGGACCUCAAGAAGAUCGUCGCGUGGGAAGGAAGGCCAUCGCUGGCGCCGGCGCCGGCGACGCGCAGCACGAGUCGUUCUGGGACAUGCGCGGUGACCAGCGGCGCGCCAGGCAGCUGCCGUCGUCCUUCGACCGCGAGGUGUACGACGCGCUCGUCUGCGGCGCGUCCGCCGGAGACGGCGAGGACGCGGCCGCGGUCGUGAUGCCGCCGGACUUCGGCGACGGGGAGCUGGAAGGGUGUACCGGCAGCCGCCCAUCAUGGUCAUGCCCAUAUCAGGUCAGGACUCGUACUGGCAUGUAUGCGCACGUGACAUGGAUGGCAUCACAUGUUUGGUUUGUUUUGCAUGCAGUGAGGAAGUACGAGCCCCCUCCUGCCUCUUCUGAACACGAAUGCUCUGGUCCAGUGACAGAGAGCGAUCAGAAGAAGGCGGGCGCGGCGGCGUCGGACAAGAACUCGACGUCGUCGCAGCACGACGGCGGCGGCUUCAAGGACAGCGACGCGACGUUCGUGGCGGAUCAGGCAGAGGGCACGGCCACGGCCACGCCGGCGGCGACGGCGACGGCGACGGCCAGCAUUGGGAAGCAGGUGAUCGAGGCCCUGGAGAGGGGCAACCGGGCGCUGGAACAGCAGCUGGAGGCGCACAGGAGCAGGUGGGACGCCGACAGGGAGCAGCGGGCGGCUCUCCUCCGCGCCAUGGACAGGGUCGCCGACGCCGUGUGCAGGAUCGCCGAUAAGCUCUGA